AAACUUGCAACGUUCCGAUACAAAAUCAAAAUUUUCAAUCCUCAUUUAAUUUCCCUUUCGGUUUUCAAUCCGUUUUAUCUCUUCAAAAUUUCCCUAAACACUCCUCUUCUUCUCUAACCCAAUCCCAGAUAAAGUUUUUGGUUUUCUUUUUCCCUGCUGGUUUAGAGACAAGACAACAAUGUCAUCAACUCCGGCCCCAACAUCACCACCACCAACCAAUACCACAUCUCCGCCGCCACCUGCCGCUACUCCGCCGCCUACUACCACUCCUUCCCCACCCCCUGCUACCCCAUCAGCUCCUCCUCCCUCAACCACUGCUUCCCCUCCUCCAACCACCCCAUCCCAUCCUCCUCCCGCCACUGCAUCUCCACCUUCCUCAACCCCAUCGCCUCCUUCUUCAACUCCAUCGCCUCCUUCUACAUCUACCCCUUCGCCUCCUAGAUCUACUCCAUCGCCGCCGUCACCCCCUAGAACUCCAGGCACUGCAUCGCCACCACCGCCUACUAGGAAUUCCGGGACUCCGUCUCCCCCGCCUCCGUCUUCUUCGUCCGAUUCAAGCAAUGGGGUGUCGACGGGGCUUGUAGUUGGGAUAGCUAUAGGGGGAGUGACCAUAUUGUUGGUUUUGAGUUUGUUGUUUAUAUGUUGUAAGAAGAAGAGAAGAAGAGAUGAGGAGAGUUACUACGUCCCUCCUCCUCCACCUUCUGGACCAAAAGAUGAUCCACAUGGCGGCCAGCAGCAGUAUCGGUGGCAACUAAAUCCUCCUCCCCGUAUGGAGCAAUACGGUGCUGUGGCUCCAAGGCCAUCUCCUCCGCCAGUUACAGCAUGGCGACCUCCAUCUCCAGGACAGUCUGCUACCCCUCCGCCACCUUUCAUGAGCAGCAGUGGUGGUUCUGGCUCUAAUAAUUAUUCAGGUUCCGAAAAUCCACUCCCGUCGCCAUCGCCUGGUAUUUCGUUGGGUUUUUCGAAGAGCACAUUUAGCUAUGAGGAAUUAGCAAGGGCGACAGAUGGAUUCUCGGAUGCAAAUCUUCUCGGACAAGGUGGUUUUGGGUAUGUGCACAAAGGAGUUCUCCCUAAUGGGAAGGAAGUAGCUGUUAAGCAACUCAAGGCAGGGAGUGGGCAGGGCGAGAGAGAAUUUCAGGCUGAAGUCGAGAUUAUCAGCCGCGUUCAUCACAAGCAUCUUGUCUCGUUGGUUGGAUACUGUAUCUCUGGGACAACAAGAAUGCUUGUCUAUGAGUUCGUUCCUAACAACACUCUGGAGUUUCACUUGCAUGGGAAGGGGCGACCGACCAUGGAUUGGCCAUCAAGGAUGAGAAUUGCUUUAGGAUCUGCAAAAGGACUGGCAUAUCUUCAUGAAGAUUGUCAUCCCAAGAUCAUUCAUCGUGAUAUUAAGGCUGCCAAUAUUCUUUUGGAUUUCAAGUUCGAGGCGAAGGUUGCUGAUUUUGGGCUAGCAAAGAUAAAUUCUGAAGUCAACACUCAUGUCUCCACCAGGGUGAUGGGUACUUUCGGGUACUUGGCCCCUGAGUAUGCUUCAAGUGGAAAGCUCACUGACAAAUCGGAUGUUUUCUCCUUCGGGGUCAUGCUUUUGGAGUUUAUUACCGGACACAGGCCAGUUGGCUCCUCUCUUAUGGAGGACAGUUUGGUGGACUGGGCUAGGCCUUUGCUCACAAGAGCUUUGGACGAUGGAAACUUCGACGGUUUGGUUGAUCCAAAGUUGCAAAAGGAGUUUAACCCCAACGAGAUGACUCGCAUGAUUGCUUGCGCUGCUGCUUGUGUGCGACAUUCAGCAAGACGUCGACCACGAAUGAGCCAGGUAGUCCGUGCUUUAGAAGGAGAUGCAUCAUUGUCCGAUCUCAACGAAGGAAUGAGACCCGGUCAGAGCGGUAUCCACAGUUCUUACGGAAGCUCCGACUAUGACACGAUGCAAUACAAUGAAGACAUGAAAAAGUUCAGGAAGAUGGCUUUGGGCACCCAGGAAUAUGUUACCAGCAGCGAGUACAGCGAGCCGACCAGCGAAUACGGUUUAUACCCUUCCGGCUCAAGCAACGAAGGGCAAACCACACGCGAAAUGGAAAUAGGAAGGAUGAAGAAGAACAGCUACGGAUAUAGCGGAAAUUCAACCUCUUUGCGAUGAUCAUCGACCUCAUUCAUCCCUUUGUAAAGAUCCCAUCCUUCUUUUUCAUGCUAUGACUUGGAAUAUCACUUUGAUUGCAAAAACUGGCAGCAAGUUUUUCUUCUUUUCAUGAGAUAACACAAAUUAUAUUAUAUUUUUUUAUCCCUCUAAUAUUUGAAAUUACGGGUUUUCAUCGAUAUGUAUUCAUUAGCGACACAAACAGAAGUAAAUAAUGGAUACAUACAUGGUGGAUGUGGUUGAUUCUUUUA